CAGCUGUGAAAUGAAAUGUCUAAAAGUAAAUUUUGAUGUAAAACAUGCUGAUAGUAACUUCAGGGUCGAAUUAUCGCAAACGUGUAAGUUUUGUGUGUAAUUAGUGCUUCAAGUAAUAUAAUAACAAAAUGUAAAUGAAGAUUAGUUAAUUAUUUAAAUCGUGGGAGGUAAUCAAUGAAUUUUUAAAUAAAACUAUUGAGCUUAAAAAAUAAAAAUGGACCAAUCAAGUUCAUAUCAGUGCAAUAGUUACGAGUACGACAAUUCAGGUUACUUAACCGAAGUGCAUUCACCGUUUUAUGGUUUUCCUAGUGAAACAACAUCCAGCAAUAUUACAAAUUAUGAAGUUUCGUUUAAUAAUAAAGAAAAUGUUCCUGUAAAUAAUCAAAUGGACUUAACAUAUAGAAAUGAAAUUACAACCUUAGAAAAUUCUCAAAAAAACAAUUAUGAUAAUCAAUUAUUAGAUUCACAGGGUCAGGUGCUUUCCCCUUUUUUAGGAUUUGAAAAUACAUGCAAUCAGUUUUCUCAACCUCCCGUACUUUCUCCUUACCUGGGUCAUCAAAACAAUCAAAUAUUUCAUUCUCAACCACCAGUACUAUCACCAUGUCUUGGAUCCUCCCAAACAUUUGCAAACACCCAAACUGCACCUUUUAUUGGAUACGAAGCUAUGAACUCAGGUAUUGAGUAUUUUAAUCAAGAAAAUGCUGCUGAAGGUUUAAGUGAAUAUCAAAAUACGAUGUCAAAAUUGGAACUUGUGUCUGAAAAUAAAACUGAAUUUGUAAAUAUUCCUCCAAAUACUCCUUUUGUGCCAGUAAAUCAAAGUUCAGAAAGUGAAUUAGUGUCAAAUAUUUGUGAUAAUUCUGAAAGAAAUUCUAAUAUAAAUAUUUUGGACUCAAGCGAUAAUCAUAUUUUAUUACAAACAUCUGAAAAUCUUUCAGUUUUGAAAUAUUUAAACGAUUCGGAAAUAACAAAUAUAUCUUUUGUGCCUAAAACUUUGGAAAGUGAAACAAGAAAAACGCCUUUUGUGUCUGAAAAUCAAAUUUCAGAAAGUGAACUAGUGCCAUAUAUUUGUGAUAAUUCUGAAAGUAAUUCGAAUAAAAAUGUUUUAGAUACAAGUGACAAUCGUAUUGUGUUACAAACACCUAUUAAACAAGUGCCUGAAAAUUUAAAUUAUGAUCUAAUCUUGCCUUUAAAUCCUCAACGAAAAGAUGAUAAUCUUUCAGUUUUGAAAUAUUUAAACGAUUCAUCUGAAUCGUUAAAUAAUUUAAAAACACCUGCCACAAAUGAAUUCAUCAGCCCUGCUAAAUCGGUUCUAAAAUCAAGUGCUAUGAAGAAAUCAAUUUCAUUUCAUCCCUCAACAUCCGUGAUUAGUAACACUGGUGAAGAGACUCCUUCGAAAUAUAAUGAAAGUUUUUCUAAAAAUACAUCAAGUGAUUUUUCACCUGAAAUGUUCUCGGAUGAUGAAAAUGAUAGUUGCUUACAAAAUUAUGUACCGUCAGAAGUGGAAAGUGAUAUUUCGAGAAUAUCUACAAUGAAUACUCGAAACAAACAAGAUAGACUUUUAUUGAAACGAUUACAAGAAUCGUUUAUUGGAAUUUUACCACCACCAUCUGUUACGAUUUGUCAAUUGAAUGCUGAUGAUAUUCUAAAUAAAUAUAAUCAAAAUAAAGAAAUGUUUAGUGUUCAAAAAACGUGUUCAAAUAAAGACUCAGAAUCAGAAUGUUUGAAAUCGAAUAAAAAAUCUACGAUGUUAAUUAAUUGUGAUUUAAGUGCAGCUAAGGAUUUCAAAUUUCCUGAAAUUAUGACACGCCGUUAUCAUGGAUUACAUUAUAAUCGUUCAAAACUUUCGGAAGAUAUUGAACAUUUAUGUCAAAAAUAUUCAGAGAGAUUUAUUGGAAAUGAAACAUCAUCAUCGUGUACAAUAUGGCAACAAAAUGUGUCAAGUAGUGCAAGUAAACGACGUAUGAUACGCAAACAGCAACAACUAUGUAAAUCACCAGGUCGAAGAUUAAGUCACUUGGCACGACGACGAAUCACAUUCUCAAAAGAAAAUUUAAAUGCAAAAAAUUCUGUUCUACCAUCAAUUACAAUGAGCAAUAAUCAACGAAUGAUUGGAGUCAAAAAAAAUGACAUUUUGAUAAAGAAACGCUUAAGUCCAAAUAAAAAGAUUCUCAGUCCACGUAAAAGAUUGAUGAUAAGUCCACGUAAACGAAAAACUCCUAAUAAAAGCCCACGAAAAUAUAUAACACGAACGCCAACUAGUUCUACGAAAAAACGUCGACGUACAACACCGUCCAACGAGAAUACUACGUCAACAUCAUUUACGCUUAAUAAUCGUACUCUAAGUUCAAAACGUGCUUUAUUUCAAAGUCCUGACUCAAAAUCAGCGGCAUCUACCUCAACAUCAAAUAUUAAACGAAAAUUAUUUGCAAAGAGUGAUAAUACUUCAGAAGAUAUUGCAUGUAAUCGUAAACGGAAAAGAGAUUUAGACGACGAUGAUGUCACCCCACAACGUGACAAAUUUUUACGAAGUUUUUCAUCGAAUGAUAUUGCCAUGGAUAAAAAUAGAUCGAAUUUUAGUCGACGAAAUAGUGAAACAGUAACCUCGAGUUCUGCUGAUUUUUCCGAACAUCACACAAAGAAAAUGUUAUGGGCUAUUUCAACAGCAUUACGUACCCAAAAUAUUGGUAUGAGUCAUCCAAAUUUCAAAACAUACGCUUCUGUAUUAUCACAAAUAUGUAAACGUCUGCUAAGUGAUCUAUUGCCGGGACAAACACGUUUGCCGGGCAGUGUUAAUGAGCGUAUGUCUAAAAUAGCACAUCAACAUGUGUAUGCAGUCGUCAAAGGAAAAACAGUUGAUGAAAUUGUUGAUGAAGUGAAAACAAAAUCAAUUUUAUUAUCACAAAAACCUAAGGGAUACAUUGCACCAGAUAAUUUUAAUUUGGAUGGCAAUAAUAGAAGGAAUACAUCAAUAUUAACAACAGCGGCUGUUGAGACGACAGAAAAUAUGAAUCAUCUAGUCAUUAAUGAUCAUCAAAAAUUGGAUAAAUCAAGAAUUCGGCGCCAAAUUAUGUUUGAUAAAUAAAUUUAAUUGUGACCAUUGCAGCAGAGCUGAUUUUUAAUAUAAUAAUUAUGAUUUACCAUCAUUCCAGAACAGGCCCUUGCGCAAGAAUCAUCCAAAGAAGGGUGGGGGGGUUAAACUAUGUUCAUCAUAUUUGGCCAUAAAGUCAAUAAAAAUGAGAAACUUUUUUUCGAGUAAGAUAACAUUUUAUGAUGUCAAAAUGUGAUAUUCAGUCAUAAGAUAAUCAAAUAAAAAUCAUUUUGAGGAAUUAAUUUUCAACAAGGCUGAAAUCGUUUUAAUAGCUUCAUUUUGUCCUAAAUGCGUAUAAUUCGAGUUUGCGCAAUUACAGGAAGUGUACAUAACUUUUGACAUCCAAAUAAAUGCGAAAUUUGAAGAAGUUGUGUAGUUUUUUACAAAUUACAAAAAAACUAUGCUCAU